CCUGUGUUUAUGUAUGAAAUGCAAACCUUUCUUGCUGCCUAUUUAAUUAUUAGUCAAAUCACUGUUUGUGUUCUUAGUCAAACUACCUGAUUCAAGUAUUAUAAAAUUACAUUCAAAAACACUUUUAUUGGGUAAAACAAGAAGGAAAUUGUAGUUGGCAAGUGCAGUUGGUGUUCCCCCACAUAACCUCAACACUUUAAAUAAUCUCUGUCUCUGAAAGGACUACCAACACUUUGAUUGUCUCUCUGCAGGUCAGCUGCUGCAAAAUGUGCUGUAUACUGCGAGCAACUGAGAUAGACACAACAUAUUACUUUCACCCAAAAUUGCCUCUUGCGCAUCAUAUAUAAAUCAUAUAUCAUUUUUUGUCAUUACUGGUUUUCAGAGAAGCGUGAGCAGUGGGUGACUGAGUUCAUAAAGUUAGUCUCAGUAAAAGCAAAUUGUAUUUAGGUCAAACUUAAAUGAUCUGGCUCAACGUCUUUAUCACCACUAUCAUCAUCAACAGCAACAACAACAAGAAGUUUGGUCUCAGUAAUGCAGAGCUCUUUAUACUCUCUCCAGAGACAUGAAGCGCACAGUUACACCAGUGGCUCUUUCAGCAGUCCCCGCUGUGUGGACUCUGUCCUGCCAUGGGAACGGACAGUUAUUUGCUUUAAUUUGCAACAGAAAAGUGUGGUGUAUAGUGACUGUUAGGGAAUGUUCUAUUUGGUCUUCUCUCGGCCUGUUUAAGUGAUAAAAGUGUCAUUAUUUAGCCUCUGAAGCAGAGGGAGAGUGCAAACAAGACUGUAUGACCCUCUGUCAAGAGCCUCCGUUCUUCAGAAGCUCAUUAAAGGGCCUCCAGGAGGACAAGCACAUCAAUUGGCAGGGCCCUCCAGCUUCCUCUUGGUCUUUUUAAGCCCUCGGAUCCUCGGAUUCGACCCACUCAGCGGCCAACUAACGUUAGAAAUGGAUUCAAUUUAGAGGUAGAGGGGACAUGAAAGAUGUGGCGCUGUGAGGAGGCAGAGGCGACUUAUUAAAACAGCAGGAAAGGCCCUUGGACAUGAGCCAAAUAGGAUCUCACCCUGUUGUGCUCUGACCGGAUUUGGAGAAAUUUGGAUUUACUUGUUGAGAUGCUCUCCUGCUUUGGUCUCUGUGUCUGGUGAAUAAGGAUCUGUUUUUGCGCUUGACUGGAUAGCAGACAUAUAAAAGUGACAUAUUUGCUGAGAGACUGCUGUUUGGCACUGAAUGUGGAGAUGCAGGACCACUUAGUAGACUCCACGUUGAUAGAUUUUGUGAAUGACAUGAACCUGAUGAAGUGCACAUUGGGACCAAAGCAGCAGCUGGAUGAUGAUGAUACGUCCAGCCUGAGCAACCAGACGCGGCUGAGCGACUCACCCUGGAGCGACCUGAGCCCCGUGGAGCUCUGCACCGAGCACCUGGUGAUGGCCGCACCGAGGUGCUACAGCCGCGGGGCGCACGGGCAUCACAGUAAGUCCAAACGGAGGAGGAUCAUCACCGUGGUGCAGCGGCAGGCGGCCAACGUGCGGGAGAGGAAGCGGAUGUUCAGCCUGAACGAGGCGUUUGACGAACUGAGGAGGAAAGUGCCCACAUUCGCCUACGAGAAGAGACUGUCCCGCAUCGACACGCUGCGUCUGGCCAUCGUCUACAUCUCCUUCAUGACGGACCUGCUGGAGAACACCUGAGUCAGCAAUGUGAACCUCAUGGACACUGGAUUGAGUUGAAACGGUUGAACUGAUGGACUGUUGUAAAGAAUAUCUCAUCUUUAUUCAGCCUGUGAUAUGAGGACAUUUCUAAAAUAUGUCUUUUUUUUUCUUAAAAAAAAAAACAAGCUCUCAGAAAGUAUAAGACAUAAUAAUAUUUUGUCAAUUACAUGAAUUAUCAGACUAGACCUAAACAAGCCAAGAUCACCUCCUCCAAAUAUUUGUUUUAAUAUAUGUGACUUAUUGCUGCUUUAAAAUAAAUAUAUAUACGAUCAUAAUUUAUGUUUUUAACUCAUGCUGGAUUAAUGCCCUGACAUAUUCAUGACCUAAAUGUAUUUAUUUUUAGUAUAACAAGGCUGCAUCCAAUAUUAUUUGUAAAGUGUUAAUGUUUAAAGGAGUGACAUUUAAUA